CACAAUAUCGGUCGUCGGAGGGCUGCUAACAUCCCGCAGGCCUUAUGCUACUCACGGCAUGGCAGAGAGACAGGACAAUGAGGUGGAGGAGGCUGACCAGAUCUACCUUUUGAUGAAGGAGGAGUAUCGCAUCUCCAGGAAUGUGCGUCUGGCCUGGUUCCUUGGUAAACUUAACCAAGUCAUCUGGCCCGCCUCUAAGCCUGAACUGCUGAACUCAGAGAAUGAAUUAGACUUACUGAGCAUCUUACCUAAAGGAUGGCAGCCAGAUUUCUCCCCCACCAUGUACCCCUACAUGUUGAUGCCGUCCACCCGGGCCACCUUCCUGGCCCGGAGGUACCGCUUCAUCAUCGAGCUGGACCUCAGCCCCUCCACAGGGAUUGUGGAUGACAGCACAGGAGAGAUGAUCUUCGAUGAAGUUUUUCACGCCUUGUCGAGGUGUUUGGCUGGUCUGGCUCAACCAUUCAAAGUCCCUGGAACCGAUCAACUUUUCCAACCCAAGAUCUUCGUCACCAUCCUGGCAUAUUCAUCAAUUAUAGGCCUCAGUUCCCAUCAGGUGUUGGUACAGGGCUGUCAGCUUGAAAGAACAGACCUUGGUGAGUUCCUGCAUCACAUCUAUCAGCAGCUCAGAGCAGUGGAGAGCAACAUCGCAGAAGUCCUACAUCAGCAGCACGAACAGUCCGUGGAGCCGGUCCAAAGCUCAGGUCUCCAUAAUACCAACCUGGACGAGCAGCCCCCCAGGAAGCAGGGAGUAUCCAUGGUGUCAGCUGAUAUGGGACUGGUCAGCAUGGUACGACAGGGCAUCUUGGCUCUUCAGUUGCUGCCACCAAACUCCAGUGCUGGUAUUAUUAUAAUCACAGAUGGAGUGACGAGUGUUCCUGAUGUAGCAGUGUGUGAAACCUUGCUGAACCAGCUCAGGAGUGGAACCAUUGCCUGCUCCUUUGUGCAGGUGGGUGGAGCUUACUCCUAUGACUGCAGCUUUGGUUACAUCCCCAACGUGGAGCUCAUGAAGUUCAUCUCACUAGCCACCUUUGGCUCAUAUCUGCCGAGCUGUCCUGAACUGGACCUGGACAGCCAAGAGAUGAAUGCCUACCACAAGGCCUUCUUAACAUACUCCUUCCUCAAGACCCCUGAGUCCAUGAACUCAGAGUACUUCUGUGUUUCCCAGCACAAGCUGUUCAAUGAGCACCUGGUGUCAGCCAGUGGUAACCCAGCCCUGGUCAUGAGGAGGAAGAAACACACAGAGAAGGAAGUCCAUGCUCAUUUAAUCAGUGUGGUGUCUGUACGACUGAGAGAGGGCUACACCAUCAGAGAGAUCAGCCUCACCAAAGGUGGGACUCAGCUGGAGGUGAAGCUGGUGUUGCUAUGGAAACACAACAUGCAUAUCGAGUACCUGGCAGCAGCCUCCUGGCCGCUGGACCUCGCCAAACGAACCACCAGGGUGGAGGUGACCAUGGAGGGAAGCUACGACAUCCUGCACGACAUCAGCUGCACCCAGAGGAAACCCAUCACCAGCCCGUACCGCACCUCCGUCAUCCGCCGCUUCUGGAACACACUACAGAGUAUCAACCAGACUGAUCAGAUGUUGGUGCACCUCCAGUCGUUCAAUUCAAUUCCUGAGAACUACAUGAUUCCCGAGAGCACCAAAAAUGGAGUUCCUCUGUUCUACAUCCCUCCUGGCUCUACUACGCCGGUUCUGUCCUUGCAGCACAGUGGAUCCAAAGACUCCUCUCAGUCCCAGUUCGCCUCCUACUGGAAGCCCAUCCUCUCAAUGGACGCCAACUUCUGGCAGAGAUGGCUGCACAUGCACCGCAUCGCCAUCAUCCUGGAGCAUGACAUGCCUGUGCCAAAACAUCUGCACACAGCUGGAAACAAUGGACGCUACAGCACCAUCCAGUGUCGCAUCUCACACUCUGCUCUCACAUCUCUGCUGAGGGACUGGAGCAGCUUUGUGCUGGUGGAGGGUUACUCGUAUGUAAAACUCAUAUACAGUUCUUCCGACCAGCCUCCCACAUCCUUCUACCUGGUCCGCCUCAUCUCAAAGACGCCCUGCAUGGUGCUGCGUCUGGGUUUCCCCAUUGGAACACCGGCCCAUGUUAGAAACAAGAUUGUGGAUGAGCUGCGAGAACAGAUCCUCAAACUUCGCUUCCCUCACCGCGUUCAAAACAAAGAGGCCACCCCCAAGACCAAGAGGAAGGUUGUUGGACAUCCAUCACCAUCCAAAUCUCCCUCCAUCCCUGCUCCUAAACCUGCUCUGUCUGACAGACCCUGUGUGGUGGUGCUCAACAAGCCUCUGGAGAAGCUGCUCAUAAGGUAUGAGAAGCUGCCGCUGGACUUCAGGACUCCCUUCAUCUUCAACAUGGAGAACUUUCCGCAGCCUUCCAACAGCACGGUGCCCCUCAGCAUGGCAGCCAAUCGCACUGCCUCAUCCACCCUGGCCUCCCUGUCCCGUUACUUCCUGCACCAGCGCUGGGUGUGGGCCGUGCAGAGCAGCCAAGGCCCGGCUGUGGCUAUGCAGGCUGUGGCUCACAUCCUGUCCAUGCUGUCUGAGAUCCGCAUAUCAGAGGGAUUUCACUUUGCCGCCAGUGGAGAGGGCAUCGUCAACAUGGUGAUAGAGCUGCCCAUGAAGGGCAUCUCGGCCGACACAGACAGAGAGAGUCACUCUUGCAUCGUUCAGUACAUCCUGUUCCCUCCUCACUCCACCUCCACUAAAGACAGCUUCUCCACCGAUGAUGACAACGACACAGAGGUGGAGGCUGUGGACAUGGACACAGAGCUCAACCUUGUGACGGAGUGCUGGGUGGAACCACAAAGCGGCACUGUGAUGAACUGCAUGGACCAGCACCGCCACUUCCAGGGCCUCAAGUACCAGGAGAUCCCUCAAGCUAUCUUCCCCAGAGAUUUGACCUGUAUGUCCACUAUGAUGACCUUUGAGUAUCUGAGCCAGCUGUGUCAGAAUAAGGACCAGGUCUGUGCUCUGCCAGCUGGACUCAAAGAUGUCAGAGGAGAAGCCCUGUCUUCUGAGGACAGUAUUCAUAUGGUUCCCUUCCAGUUUGAUCUCAUCCAGCUUCUCCCAAAAUGCCAGCAGGUUGAACUCUUCUUCCUCACAUUCAAUACAGCGAUGGAGAAUGAGGAACAGAUCCACAGCUCCCCCUGUCUGCCCAAUGAGCUGCUGCUCAGCCUCUUCCACAGCAACCUUGAGCACGAGCUCAAUGACAGAGAGAUCCCAUUGGCUGAUAGCGACCACAUCGCGUUCAUGCACCACAUCUUAGAGCGAGAUCGGGAGGGCCACGUCGCUCCUUUCUCCUUACCUGUUAUUAAAGAAGAGUGUGUGAAGCCUCCAGACAGACAGGACACUAUGACAUCAUUCCACACCACUGGCAGCAGUAAAGAGGUGAUGGGAUCCACCAGCACUUUACAGAGUUUCAGUAAUGCAGACCUUGUGGAUGAAGAGCCUUUGCUGGGGGAGAGGAGCUGCUCUAUGCCACAGUGGAGAUGUUAUGCCAGAUACAUCAGUUCCCAGCAGAUCCUCCUCACCUUCCUUCCUGCUACCUUUACAGAUGUUAUGAUGUUGAUGGCCUCAGGGUUAGAAGCAGAGCCUCAAAGUAACAUCAGCACACAGGAGGAUGAUACUCUGACUCCCAGCAACAAGUCACAAGCUGACUCCCUGUCCGGCUCCACCAGUGGACUGGAGAGGUCUGAGUCAGGCCACAGUCUGGCUAAUAAGAUGCGAAGGAGCUCUAGCAGUGGACACUUCACUGCCAGGUCCCCUUUGCUCUCACCGAGGUCUGAGGGUCAGACUGGGCCUGCUGACUCCCUGACUCCAGACCAGGACAGCUGGGAUAGCAGGGUGUCUGAGACAGAAACCGGGACGCCAGGCUCAGACCUGGGUGAGAAAGAGGGAGUCCAGUUCUCUGAACCACACAAGGCCGAUUUCCACAUCAGCUUCAGCAGGCAGGUCUCCCAGCAGAGCACCAGUGAAAGCAGCCAGUUUAAGUGUCCAGUCUACGUCUACAACUGCUCCCUGGAGCACCUGAAGGAGCAACUGGUACACCCCAGCUCCAGCCACCAACCCAGGGACAUCUUCUUCAGACCUCAAGAUGCUGAAUCCUGGGAGAUGUUUCAGCAGAUGAAGUUCAGGUCGCUUUCUCAGGACCGCAGCAGUCCUUCCCCUUGGACCGACCUCCUGGCUCAGCCUCACAAACACAAGGAUCUGGCCAACUACUGCAGCCUGCUGCAGGAGCAUUACCACCAGAGCUAUGUCAAAGGUGUGUACCGGAGCCUGCAGCAAUCCUACAACAUCAGCUCCCAAGAUGUCCUGAUGGCCAUGGACUACUGUGAAGAAUCCCUGCAGGAGAUCGACAUCACCUCGUUCCUUCAGACCCUCUGCGGACACAUCAGGGUCUUCAGAGAGCAUGGCGAGCCUCCAGGAUGGGGAGGCAAUCCAAAAACUUCAAGGAGCCUUGCCACCUUCAUCAUCGGAGAGGCUGAGGAAGACCUACCUGAUGACAGGCCUGCCAUGGCCUCCUCGUCCAGUAUUGAUAUGGAAGAUACCAGUGAAGCUGAAUCUAGAGGGAAGUCCUCUGUUCCUACAUCCCCACUGGUCCUGGAUGAGUGCAAGACUGCUAAGAUCCCAGAGUUCCCUCUGACACUGCUCAGAACACAGCCCAAGUGUGAAGUAUAUCCUGACGUGCACAAAAUAAUCCAGGAUAAAUUCAUGGAGAUUGUGUCUCAGUAUUUCAAAACUGUGCCCUCCAAUCCACAUUACUUCUUCUACUGCCCACCGUCAUCCAAGAGAGAGGAGGACUCAGAGGAUGGUGAGAUGGAGAGGAGACAAAGUGAGGAGCUGGUGUCAGAAGCUGAGCCAGCUACUGAAGACGAACAUGUGUCAGGGUGCUGCAUCAUGACGGAGAGCGACACUGAUUUGGUGGUGGAGUAUGAGGAACAUCCAGGCACCAGGUCUCAGGGGGAAGGGGAAGAUCAGUCCCUGUCAGACUCCAACACUGUCAACCAGGACCAGGACUCUUUCAGCAUCCUGGACGGAGACUCCCUGCUGGAGCAGGAAGGUCCACAGCUGGACAUGCCACCCCUCUUUGUUCAUGUCACUUGUUCUGUCAAUAUGAAAAGCUGCCAUGGCUCCAUGCCCAUACAAACACUGCCUACUUGCCUUGGUGAGAUUAUUUCCUGCCUGGAGAACGCUGAGACCUUACAGGCUGUGGAUCUGAACGAGCUCUCAGUUACAUUAGAUAUUUUUGUCCUCACAUUACCUCUGGAGAUUGAAGUCAUGGCUGAUUUCCAUCACAACAGGUACACAUCAGAGAGCAGCGUGUCUCUGAAUCGUUCCCCAGGACAGCCCUCCUCUUACAGGUCUGAUGAGGAGAUGAUGGCAGUGUUGGACAGUCUGAGGGGAGGUGGUGUGGACGGGGUUUCUGGUGAACCCUUGUCCAAACUACCACUUCCUCACAAGUUAGCAAUUCUGGCCACAAUGGACGAGAUCCGCUGGCUGCUGGAGGAUGAGAUUGUUUCUGCCCUGCGCCACUCUCGGGUCAUCAGCUCGGCCACACUGCUCAAAGUAGCAGAGCAUGUUUUGCGCUCCAGCGGUCGGCCGCACUGUCACUGUGAAGAUGUCCCACUGCAGUUUGUCUUCGGGCCCGAGCAGUCUCUGGAAAAAUUCAAAGAGGAGUUCCGCAGGAUGGCGUUCUCCGGCUACGUGCUGAACGGAGAACAGGAUGGUUUCUACUACAUGUCUUUGAGCAGACUGCACCCUCAGAGGAUCCACGCUACCAAGAGGCUGUCAGAGAGCACCGCCGCAGACCCCCAACGACACAUCAACCCUUGCAGUGAUGGAGUACAGGUGGAGGAAGCUGUGCUGGAGACUGAAGCAGAGACUCAGCCCACAAAGGCAGAGGGAGAGCUACAGGCUGAGGAGAGGUCCAUCAGUGUUGUCGCUGACACCCCCACUGACGCGCCCACGGAGCUCAGCGAGCCAAUCAGAGCCAUGAGGCCUGAGGCAGAAGACAGCGGCUCCCAGAGCUCAGUCAGCAUGGUGGGAGUAACAACACAGCCCAGCACUCCCCAGGUCCAGACAGAGCGCAGCACAGAGCUCAGCUCACCCCCCAAGACCCCGUCCAGCGUCAGCCUGGCUGAGUCCAUGCAGUCAGCCAGUCACAGCUGUAGCAAGCUCAGGCCCAGUCGAGUACAGAGUGUCGUCUCCAGCCAAGGCAGCCUGGACUCAGACAUGCAGGGUUAUGAUGGCGGCAGCAGUGACUCUGAAUGUGAAAGCCCCACCAUGGAUGAGCAGGAGUGUCAGUCCCCACUGAUGCCAGACUUCUGGUUGAUUAUUAAGAUCCACCAGGACAGAGUGAAGGUCUACUCCCAUUCUAGGAGUUUCACAGAAGGAAAAGAGGUGAGUGCUGAGGAGUUGGAACAGAAGGAGGAAGAGCAGGAGCUGCCUGAAUACAUACAACUACAUCAGAUGGUUGUCAGAAAGAUCGGGGAAAUCUGCAGAAUUGUCAAUCAGCGUAUGCUGCUGCAGGACCUGCAUGACAGCCAUGUGUGUAACUCUCUGCUGGUGGCUGAGAGCGAGGAAGACAUCUGGAAGAACGAGUCUCUGUACAGGCAGAAGCUCAACACCUCCGAUGAUUACAACACAGAGGAGAGCUACCAGGCCAGAGACUACCUGGCAGCCACCAUGCAGUUCAUCCCAGGGCAUUUUGCCUGUGAUGUGGUGUGGAGCACAAUCAUCCACAUUCACCCACGCCUCAAGAUGGGACCCAACAUGGGGGUGUCCAGAGCAAUCCAGGCCCUGCGCUCUGUGCUCAACUCUUUCUGCGUGGUCAACAGGAAGAACAUGUUUGUCUACCAGGAGCGGACGACUAAAUCAGUUUUCUACCUCAGACUUUGUGAAACGUCACUGACAGGGAAGUACUCUGACAUGGAUGGAAACCUCCACGUGACUCGCUCCAUUGCACUCACCAGAAGUCAAGAGCCCAUUUCUUCUGAGGACCUCAUGGGCUCCAGGUCUUCUCUAGAGGGCUCUCGGCCGGUUGGACAAGUGGAUAAACACAUCCUGCUGCUGGUGCACGGAGUGGGAAAUGCUGGUCCAGAGAUCACGGACGAAUUGGUCAAGGUGCUGCGCAAGCGUCUGGAUGAGACCACCUUGGACAUCAUCACUGUCAUGCUUGUCAGGAACUGUAAGCUGACACCAGCUGAUGUGGAGUUCAUCCAGCCAUCAGGCACUCAAGCCACUGAGGUGAUGAACUUCAGCCUUCCCCGCUACUGUUUUCCCUGGCUGCCUGCUGUGGCUCACUACCUCAGGCAGAACCUCCUCAUCUUCCUGCAUGUGCCCAAGUACACUGACAGUAACACAGCACACCACUUCAAGCACUACUUUCAUUUGAGCAGUGACUUGGCUGACGGUGAUAUCUAUCUCUACAAUAAACCUGGAGGCCAGGGGACGGGAGGCAAAGGUAUCGCCUGCAUCGCCCUCUCAUUCGUGGAUGCCAGCGGUCGGCCCCUUCCGGUCCCAGCCCAGGAUUACACCACACUGCCGAGAUCAGAGAGCUGCGCCGUCGCCCUUCAUCCGGACCAUUUUGAUGAGCUGACCACUGUAGUUAAAGUGGACUCCAUCAAUGCCAGUUCAAGUACAGAGCCACAGCUGUAUGUGCGGUUUGACAUCUGGGAACAAGGCAACGUCAGCCCCUUACAACUGAGUGAUAAUCUGCAGGGGGCCCUCCGCCAUGCGCUCUGUGACGUCGUCAUGGAGCUUAGAGUGUUACCCAAUCCCCUUUGUCUAGGAGUACCCCACACAACCAAAUCUCAGAAAGAAGAAGCUAAAGGUCUGCUGAUUCCUUUACCUGAGGUGAAAGAGGUGAAGGAUAGUCCUAGGCAGCGCAGUGGCUCACGGGUGUUUAAAUCCAGCCCUUCACCAAUCACCUUAACCCAGUCUGCAGGAAGCACCCCCAUGACCGGGACCAGCACACCUGAGUCCACCACACCCACUGGAAGGAGCACACGUCGGAGUUUCUGGGACAUACUGAGUAAGCCAGACUCCUCAGAGCUCGGGAGCCCAAAAACAACUGAUGACAUCGUACAAGAAAAAGGAGAGGAGGGCCGAGCGGCGCGACGAAGACACAAGACAGAGAGCGUGAAGCAGCAGUGGAGCCAGGAGAAAGCUAUGGCUGUGGAGCUGGAGCAGGCCCAGAGGAGGCAGGUGUCUCAGUUGGAGGAGGGAGAUACAGGCACUCUGCACCACGUCUAUCAGGUUACCUUCCAGCCGUGGAUCACAUUCAUGGCUAAACUUGGCUGCUCCUCCAUUCAGCAGUGCACAGCUGAGAUUGCUUCUCACUUCUUGCUGCCUUCCAUCUUGGCAGAGAUUGUCAACUUGGUCAGUUCUCUUGCCAGUGAUACAACAGUGAAAGCAUUUGAAAAGACAAGAUGCCCCCCAUCUGGAAAUGUCUUUGUUCCGUUCCCUCUUGCUCAGAACCUCAGCCAACCUCCUGAUGCUACAAGGAGCUUUAUUCUCAUUGGACGGAACUUCCACCAGUGGCACUGUAGCACAGAACAAGAAGACAGUUCAGAUGAGGAAAACACGCCAGUGCUAAAUAGGUUCACACCUCAUAAGGGCUUCCAGCGCUUCGAGGCUCUGGAGCAGAGUGAUUGGGUCAGUCCCUGCCAGGCCGGGGCAGGACUGGCUCCCCGCCAGAGGUUCCUCUUCAUCAGCAUCCUGGACAAAAAGGUGACUCUGUACAGCUAUAACUGGUCCGUGGAUCUGGGCGCCUCUCUGAACCGCGAGCUGGUCCGCCUUGUUAAGUGGCAGAAUGCGAGGGCUCAUGUCGUCCACUGCCUGCUCAGCCAGAAGAUGGGCCUCUUCCAUCACCACUGCUUCUCUGAUGCACCCAUCCACGAAAUGGACUCCAAGCAGGACCCCAACCCGUUCCUCAGCCCCUCCAUGGAGCCUGACGCACUGCUUCGUAGCGCAGUUCCUCCUCUGCCCAGUAAAGAGCAGGGGAGGCUGGGCAGCUCUGUCCGAAGUCUGGCUCCACUCCACUUCCCCUCUGAACUGCUGCCCUUUGACGAGGCUCUGAGGGACGUCUGCACCAUCCGACCCCUGAUGGAGGGGGAUGUGGUGGCCCGGCAUGGCGGCCAGCUCUUGGAGAUCAAAGCAGCUGAGCGGAGAGAACUGGAGAAACAGAUGAAGAUAGAGAACUUGUUUGUGACGUGGCAGCAGAGGUCUGCACAGUCCAACAUGCCCAUCUCACUGGCAGAUUUGGAGACCCUGAAGCAUUCGUCCAGGCUGGUCCACUACUGUGCCACCCCGCUCCUGUUUGACCCUGUCUUCCGCAAGCAGAUCCAAGAGGAGCUGAUAGUCCAGCCUCCAGUGAAGAAACGGCAUCGCUCCAGCGACUCCACAGCGUCGGGUCGGGACCGGAGCUACAGCACAGACUCGGCUGACAUGCUGCCCAGCCGGCUGAAGGAGGAACCCUGGCUGCUGGAGAUUUCCAGCACUUUCCUCCAGCAAUAUGUGCAGUACCUGCAGAGCAUGGGCUUCAUUCUGGUCCAGGUCCGGCCUCAGUCCCCGGCUCGCAGCACUGCCCGGGCUCGUGCUGCCAUGCUGAGCUCCAUGUCAUCUGAAGGGAGAAUGUCUUUUUCUUAUGUGAAGCAGAAGAGCGAGGACAGCCCUAAGACUACAGCAUCUGGCACCACAGCGUAUCACCUGCAGAGGGCGCUGCCUGGAGGCAUCGUGUUGAUGGAACUGGCUUUUCAGGGGUGUUACUUCUGUGUGAAGCAGUACGCACUGGAGUGUUCCCGCAUCCCCGUGGGCCAGACCGUCAACUCACAGGGCAGCCUCCUCACCAAACCUCGUUGCAAGCCGUUUCCAGAUGCCACCCAAGUAUCUGACUGUGCGCUCUCCAUGCUCUUCACUGAAGAAUGUGAUAAGGUGCGGGACCUGAUGCACGUUCACUCCUUCAGCUACGACUUCCACCUAAGAGUGGUUCAUCAGUACUUGGUCGGCUGCCACAUGACGCUGCGACAGGGCUACCAGCUCACAGACUUCCUGGAUGACUUCAUCUCUCAUCAUCCAGAUAUUCCCAAGUUUGGCCGUAACCACGUCUUCCAAGGGAGCUUCUUCAUCUCCACCGGGAUGAUCACCGCUCACCAGCUCUACAAUUACAUCACUGACCACGCCAGCACUUACGGCAUGAAGCCCCUCCGCAUGUCUAAGGCUGCAGCCACCACCGACAACAAGAAAGGGGCGUCUGACCUGCAUGAGUAUGCACUGGUGGCUCUGUGGAACAGUUCGGGCUCCUACAAGGAUCUGGAGGGCCUGCACCACCAUGAUGACUUUGACGUGUCCCUGGUGGUGUGCCAUAAUGCCGCUCCAUUUGAGGAGCAGUCAGAUGGGGAGAGGCAUUUGCUGAGGUUACGCUUCUAUGUGAUCAUGACCAGUCAGAGAGAGCUCUUCCCCCGCCUCACUGCCGACAUGCGCCGUUUCAAGAAGCUUCCUCAGAUCCACCGUGAUCCAGCCGAGCCGGGCGGCCGCCCCCCCGCAGAUCGAGGAGAGGCCGGUGGGUCGCGCGGCGCCGAGCAGGACCUCUGGGAGGAAACGCCAUCUGAAGCCGCGGCUACCUCCACCCCAAGUGACGGCAACGAGUUUUACCCUCUGGUGGGGAUGACGGGGGGCGCAGAGGGUCAUGGGCUGCUCUAUCCCUCCCCUCUGUUCCCCCUGCUCAACAACGAGGUGGCGAUAGCCCGUAGGCAGAUCCAGGUGAGCGUGGAGCAGGCCAUGGGUCACUGCCGCAGGGAUAACCUGUGGAGGAGGCUGUUCCACGGGGAGCACCUGGCCCUCGACAAGCUGAAGCUCACCAAGCUGUCGUUCAGUGAGCUGGAGGAGCUGCUGGAGGCUGUGCAGAGCCGCUCAGUGGGGGAGAUCGACCCACAACUGGACUGUUUCCUCACCAUGAGUCCAGCUUGGUACCAGAGUCUGAUCAAAGUCCUGCUGAACCGCUUCCCUCAGAGCUGCAGACACUUCGACGACAAUGGCAUCCAGUAUCUGGCUGUUUUAAACCAGAAGUUCACCGACUGCUUUGUUUUGGUCUUCCUGGAUACCCAAGCUGGAAAAACAAGCCUAAAGGUUGUGUUUCGGGAGCCGCUGCCAUCGCAGCCCCAGGCCAGCAGCAGCCCCCCUCCCCAGCUGGUGUCCAUGUACCAUCACCUAGAGUCUGUCAUCAACACAGCCUGCUAUAACCUCUGGACAGGACUGUUAUAGAGCUGAGUACUUUCACCAGUGCUAGACUGACCUCCAGCUCAUGUCCAUGUGAUUAUGAGCGAUUUGAGAAAAGCUGUUUGCCAGUAUGCUGUCAUUAAGCUUCCCCGAGGCUACACCACUGACCACCGACUGAGAACACAUCAUAGUGAACAGUGAUAUUAUUUAUGUAAUUCUCUGUUAGUACCCAGGACACACAUGGAACCAUUCUUCAUCAUUUGCACCUGAUCUGGAAAGACCUGAGACACAUCUGUCUAUUGAAGGAAAACUAAAAAACAGACUUGAAGCCAAACUUGACAUGACUGAACAGUCUCAGAGGAAAUGUUGCCCAAUGCACUUUCAAAAUUUAAAAAAAUAUUAAAUGAAAGGUUUUGUAAAUCAUCACUUACUGAUGCUCCCAUUUUUUAAAGUAUGGUGUAGAGCUCUUGAAUAGCUUUGAACAGGUUAACUCUCAUUGGUGGGUUUACUUAAGCAUUAUUUCUAUUUUGAAAUAGUGCAGUUUUUAUAUAGCACGCAGAAAUGAGUAAAAAUCCCUUUAGAGAGGUUCACUAAUGUUAGCGUCUUUAGCUACAGAACAGCUAUAACAUGCACAUUUAAAAUGUAGCACAAAUGCAUUUAAAGUCAAUGGAAAGACAUGAGUAGGUGUAAAUCAUGGAUGUAUACAAGAGAACUGGAUACAGUGUUACAAGAUGGUCAGUAAAGGUUAUUUGAUACAGCACAUUUCACAUAGUGCUUCACAAGAGUCAAAUUAUUAAAAAAAUCAUUUAAUUAGACAUACAGCCGGAUAUCAUCAGUCUAACAAUUAUAUGAGAUGACUUUAAAUUUGCACAUACAAAGCAAAUAAUACAGGACCGAAAACAGAACCCUGAGGCACACCACAAAACAGAGUAGCAGUUUCACACAUGUAGGGAACAAAUGAUACAGAACAUCUCCUGUCUGAGAGAUGAGAGGAGAACCACCCACCUACUGCCAGAGCCAAUCAGAAUGCUUAAACAUCAAUGAGCUGUUAACAACUUUCUCUACAUGUUUUAGAUAAAAGGCAGUUUAGAUAAGGCCUGUCAUUUUGGGAAAUGAACACAUUGACACAUUCAUGUCCCUAACAUGCAGCUCUUCAGAGAAAAUACAAUCAAUAUUUAAACCAGGGUGUAAGGUAUGACCCCUAAUGUCUGUGGGACCAGACACAUGUUUAAUCAGACUGGCUGACAUUAAGAAAAUCAGGACACCUACGAGAAACGUCACAUACCUGAAUAUUCAAAUCACCAACCAUAAUAACUGUCCAACCUAAUGAUUUAGGAUUUAGGAUUUAGGAUGUUAAAAAAAAAUCACUAUUAUAACUAAGUAACUACUAUAACCAGGGGCUGGGUCAAUUAAAAUACAGUCAGAUGGAUCUGAAUGACCAACUGCAGUUCAAACAAGGUGAAAGCACCAGUGCUAAGGCUAAGGAGUCCACUAAAAUGACCAGUACCACACUACCAAGUCCUAUUCUGUACUGUGGGAACUUCAACUUUUCUUUUUCCUUUAUUUUAUCCUCCAGCUGAUGUGUUGCUCUAAACCACAUUACAGUUCUCACUUACAGCCAGGUUGUUGAAAUGUUUGGAAA